GUAGUGAUUUAGCUCUCCUGCUCACUCCCCUCUUGUUCCAUCGGAGAGUGGCGCGAGCCAGAGAGUAGGGCAGAGCCACCGCCCGGAGCUCACCCCACCCCACCGAGAUAGAUGGCCACGCGUGGGCAGCUGUCCGUCGACGACGUGCUGCGCGUGAACGGGAGCCGCCGCUUCGCCGCCGCGCUGGCCGCCGCCUCCCCGUUCGCCUCCCUCGCCGACGCCCGCCUCGCCGCCCGCCGCAUCUGGCUCAACGAGGUGGACGUGAAUGGGUGGCUGGAGGCCUUCGCCGCGCACCCGGCCAUCGGCACCACCUCCUCCUCCGUCUCCAAGUGGUGCAAGGAGGAGCAAUCGGCAGCGCUUUCAACUGCCACUGAUUCAACCGCACAGGAGCUGGCAGAGUGGAAUGCCAGGUACAGGGAGAAGUUCGGGUUUGUGUUCAUGAUAUGCGCGUCUGGGAGGACUGCCCCUGAGGUCUUAGCUGAGCUUAAGAGGCGCUAUGAAAAUAGGCCAAUUGUUGAACUUGAGGGUGCAGCACAGGAAGAGCUGAAGAUAACUGAACUGCGUCUUGCUAAACUUUUUGCAUCAGAGGCUGUUGCUCCUCCUCCAGUGGUGGGAGGUCCUAUUCAAUCGGAAAAAGCAGCAGACCGCAUGCGGAUUAUUGGAGCACAUCUUGGAGCUCUGUCCCAGCAUUCUGCCAAUAAAGCUACUGAACUUACAGGUAGCUCCAACCGAACUCGCCCUCCCAUCACAACCCAUGUUUUGGAUGUUGCUCGUGGAUCGCCAGCAUCAGGGAUCGAAGUUCACCUGGAGAUGUGGAAGGAUGCAUCAGCACCCCCAUCAUUCAACAACCAAGAUUUCAAUGGGUGGGCGACUGUGGGCUCAUCAGUUACGAACAAUGAUGGCCGCAGCGGUCAACUGAUGGACAUUGUCGACAGAGUGGCUCCUGGUUUCUACCGCAUAAGUUUCAACACCAGCAAGUAUGCACCUUCAGGGUUCUUCCCUUAUGUGAGCAUCAUAUUUGAGAUAAAGAAGAACCAGACGACCGAGCAUUUCCAUGUCCCUCUGUUGCAUUCUCCUUUUUCAUUCACCACCUACCGUGGCAGCUAAGCUGUCAACAUUAGUAUGUGCCCCAUAAGUCUGAAAUGCUGCAUAUUCCAUCUGAAAAAGUUCAUGUGUAUUUUUAUUUACCUCUUGGAAUAUUCCAUCGGAAAACAACUCUACUUUGGUCGCAAGGGUUUUGGAUGCUUACGUGCACUGACAUUAUGAUAUAAGAAUAAAUUUGAUGUACUAAAAUGUACAGAA